AUGCACUUCUGCGCACAGGAUGGCCUUUGCCAAGUUGAAGGUGUGCCGCUAAAGGCAGAGAUGCGCAUCACCGUGAAGCACCCGGUGAUGGAAACUCAGGUCCUCAGGCUAGUCCUUGCGCGUCGCACCGCUCGGAUUGUUCUUGCCGGCGAUGCUGUCGUGCGCCUUUGGUGCAUAGAUCGCCCUGGUGGCACUGCCGUCGUCAUGGCCGACUACGUGCAACAAAACAACGGCGUACCCUCGUCAGCGCGGCCCUUGCGAGGACAGGUGGAGCAGGCAAGCGGAGAGAACGUUCAAAUUGAUGGUGUCUUCCGCUUGCCUUGGCGAGGGGCGAUGCAUCAGUUCGAGGGCGUCCAGGUGCUGCCAGCUCACGGGACAAAUCCGCAGGCCUCGCUGAUUUUUGGUCACAAUGUGACCAAUGCUCUACUCUUUCAGAUUCCGGCAUCUGGAAUGGUGAGGAGUUGGAUGCCAGUGAAGCCUGUGCAGCCCGAGGAGGUGUUGUUUUCAAAGCCCUGUGGUGUGAUCCUCGCGGCCCUGCGCGAUGUCAUCCUGAAAAUGGAGACGAACUUCCGAGAUACGGAAGGCGUCUCUGAGCCACCGGGAGAGCCAGAGCCGGAGCAAGAGAUGGAUCCCACAGGUGACUGUGAACGCUUCGGGCAGCUGCUAGAGCAGGGAGCUGGCCUUGUCAGCACCUUUAUCAGAACAGCGAGCCAGAUCUGGAAGGUUGACCUCUCCGAACAGACACGGUUUGAGGCCGAAGAUGUCAAAGUCUUGGCUGCUGCCAUGGAUGACCCAUGUUAUGAGGAGCUCGUCAGAAUCUGUGAGUCGGUGUCUGGUUCCUUGACGACGCAGCGGCUCUCCCAGGAGCUUCGCCAGUCAGGGGCGACGAGUGCACGGGACUCCUUGGCCAAGUCGGUUGCUGCUGCAUACAUCCGAGCUGCGCAAAUGAAGCCAUGGUUUGAGACAUUUUGCCGGCAGGUGGUCGGUGCCACUGGUGCCGAGGUUGAUGAGGCCAGACUGGUGGGUGCAUGUGGCUCCACUCGCAUGCUGCAAAAGAUGGUCUUGUCUCCCGAGCUGAGCCCCGGCAGUGGGAUUUUGUCGUGCUGUGUCAGGUGCCAAAGCAUGGAGGAGGUGACACAGGUCGUCUCGAACAUCUGCGAGAAGCUGGAGGGUCGUGCGGACAGCGGGGUGUCUGCAAUCGCUGCCCAUUUUCUGGACGAGGAUGGCCAGAUUCGCUCAGACUCCGAACUGAGCGACGUCGGCUCGGUGGUCGUGGAAAUUGCAUGGAGAGGGAGGCCAUCAGAUCCUUUAUCGACGGCUGAGGUGCGCGUGGUGAAUUUGAUUCUACAGAAGUCACUGAGCUUGACGGCCAACAUUGCGCCCAACUAUUUGGUGGAGCUUCAAGACCGGUUUGGGGAAAAUGGCAUAGGAAGCUCGGGCGAUUUCCCUGACGUUCUACCGAUAGCCGCCAUGCGUCGAAUUACGGUGAAGGGCUAUCACCCCGCAGUUCCGCACCACCACCUCCAGAGUCGGAACAUGAAGGAUAUCUUGGUUCGAGGAAGCUUUGAGAUUGCGAUGCUGUGUGCGCCUGAGGCGCAGCUUCAGGUGGUCAUGCCAGAGAGCAAGAUCCCGCUGGCAGCCGUCAAGGUGGAGAGUAUUGACAGACGCCAGGUGCACACAUCACGGGCUGGCUGGUGUACACUGGCUUUGCGGCCUGGGGAGCAGAAGCUUCGUUUGCGGCACGAUUUCCUCGGCACCUGGACAGAGCAGUCAAUAAACGUUUCGUCUUUGACGCCGUCUUUUCAGAUUCCAAUGGAGAUGGAGUUUGCUGUCUGGAUGACCCCGGUGACAGUGAUGGGGCAGGUGCAAGCUUGGGAGUAUUGGAUUGGAGGAUGUGGGAAGAAGCCUCGCCAGGACGGUUCCGAACCGUUCUGCGGCAAAGUUCGGUUCAACGGCCGGAAGUUGGAUGUCGACAAUGGUGUGCUGCUCCUUCGUUCGGAGCCUGUUUGCGAGCUGCACGAGCCGAAGCUUGAGGACUCGCCCGGCACCGAAGAGGACCCUCUGCUGGGUUUCGAUCUAGAGCCACCGUUUGCAAGAAUGGCAUCGCAAACAAGUCAGCGUCCGCAGACAUGGGAUCCACACCUUCUCGGUGUUCGGCCGGCUGCACCGUUUCCCGCAAAAGCCGGCACGGCCUUGGUUGUUAAGGCAUGUACGAUUUGCUGCGGCCAGCCGGUGGUGGGGAUCCAAAUAGAUGUUGAUGAGCAAGCACAGUCUUUCACCGACCGGACGGGUGUUUGCAUGUUGCGUGACGUACGUGAUUCUGAACCAGAGAUGAAGGCUUUUGCAAGUCACGCUGCCUUUGAGAGUGGAUGCUGCCAAUAUACCGUCACUUCACAUCCCAAGUCGGUCGCGGAGCUACCGAUUUUUCUUCAGCCACUGGUCAGGCUUUUCACUGUGCCGGGCCCGAGAGGUCAGCUGGCUUUGCAGAUUCUGGCGGGUGAUGGUGACUCUGUGCUGAUUCCGGUCGAUGCAGAACCCUUUCCUGGCACUAUCCGCAACGGGCGUGGCGAAGACAUGCUCUCAUCAAGCACUGAAAAUCCGGAGGCAAUUCCGCUAUCACAGGUGAGAAUUGCCCCAGAAGUGGAGGAGUGCCCGAUCUUUUGCUUGGCGAACUCCGAAGUGGAGUUGGGAGGGUAUGAGUGGCUCCCUUCUACAGCGUUCCCAGCAGCAGGCAGCUGCACGUAUGAGGAGCUUCUACGGCUGCGGGAGCCACGCACACUAGGACAUCUUCGGCCUGUGGUGCAUGUAAAAGACAUUGACGACAAGACUCUGAAGCUGGCCCUGGAAGAUUGUGCUACCGUCGACGACGCGGCCGUGCUGUUGGGACAACGACUUCACGUUGACCAGAGCAUAAAUCUAGCUUUGGCUGCCGAAUCUUCUGUGCCGGAGACCUGUGUGGACAGAUACGCGUGCGGAGCAUCGCUUCUGAAAGGAUCCGUCAAGUUGUGGGCUGGGCAGCAGCUAAAGAUCAUGGCACGACUGCUCAUCAAUGUGACCUUCGGCAACACGACGCUGGGUGCCCCUAACGUGCAGGUGGCGCUUCGGGAUUCAAACGAAGCUGCGACGACCGACAGCUCGGGUGUUUGUGAGCUAUUUGUCCCUGCCGGGCGUCACCACGUGCGGAUUGACCACGCCAUGUCAAACGAAGGCAGCGACGAAAUGGAAAUCGACGUCACCGAAGUAGAAACACGCGUGGAGGUUUCUGUGCCGGCCUGUUUGUUUGUCUACUUACAAGCGCCGGACUCCGAGAAAGGUGCCAAUGCUCCCACCAACGUGUGGCUGUGUGCUCACCAGGAACAUCUUCCAUUGACAGCCUGGCCGGUCGCAGGAACGGUGCUACUGUCUGAUCAGUCCGGCACAUUGGAAGCUCCGCUUGACGGGGAGAUGCUGAGGUCCGUUGAGCUGUCCAACGCACUCGAGGGCAAGCGCAAGCCUCUUACAUUGAGCCUUGCCCUGGACUUGUCGGAGACCGGAUAUGUGUGGCGGCAGAAAGGCGAAAGCUUGCUUGGAACGCAAUCUUCUUGGAAACGGCUUCUGGAGAAGCCCAUGUCGGUGGGGCGGCUGUUUCCUCCAGUCACGGUGCGUGCUCACUUCUCUCAGAAGAGCACUUGCACCAUGCAAGUGGCGGCGUUCGACUGCCGAACUGCCGGAAAGCUUUGCGAGGUGAUGGCAAAGAGAUUCCGCAAAGCCGCUAGCUCGUUGGGAGUCUUUUCUGAUCAGAAGCGAAUCAGUGAUGACAACGAGGUGCCAGCAUGGACGAGCGUUGACGUAUGGGCUCUUACUCAAAGCACCGUGGUGCUGCGAGCGCCUUGUUGCUCGAGAGGCUUGAGCGGUGCCACAGUCUGCGCUUACUUUGACAUGGAGAGCGACUGGCACGGGGACGUUCAAAGACAAAUGGAUGCGAGCUAUGUUCCAGGAUCUCCUUGGGCAGAGGGGUCCACAGGUGGAGACGGAAGGUGUGAGCUGAUGGUUCCUGACGAAGUCCACCGGAUUGAAGUUUGUCACCCAUUGCUGGGUCGGCGAGAGAUUACGGUGGACCCAAGAGGUGCAGAGGGGGAAUCUGUGCUGGAAGUUUUGGCAGAGCCUCGCGUGAGAGUCUACUCAAUGCCACCCCCAGAUCAGGCAGGCACGGGCAUUGUACACGACACCGAUGGUCAGGAAGAGGUCUGGCUGUCGGUAACGGAGCCGCCUCCCGAAGCCAGGGGAUCGGAGCUGCACGGCACGCUCGCGGUUGACGGCAUGGAUGGAGCUGUUCGACUUCCGGAUGCUUCACCGGCUACGUUGCCCUGGCACAACUCCAGAAUGGGAGACCAAUGCCCCUUGCAGAGGCUUCGGGUUGAUACCGGCACGUCGAAGCCUGGCCCAGUGCUGGCUUUCAGCAGGAGACCCUCCAAGGGGUCGAGCCGGUCCAUGGCAUGUGUGCUGGACAGCCUCGUGGCUGGCCCGGUCUGUGUUGGCGCUUUGCUGCCAGCUGUGUUGGUGCAUAUGCAAGCUGUCGGGGGAAAGAAGGGCUGGCAGCAGUUGCCUGCUCCUUUAGCCGAAUGUCCGACCACUCUGGAACUUCGCAAAUGGUUGGGAAGCCGCUUUUCCCGUGAUCUCGACGAUGUGGGACUGUACGACUUGUCGAAGACGGGUGGACUUGGGACGGUUCUUGCCGACGAUACGGUGCUGACUGCAGACCUGGAGCUGGCGGCAGCGUUUCUAUCCCCCCUGAAAGUGCAGGUUCUGCUGCCUGACACGCAAGAAGAGCAAGGCCUCAGUGGUGUCGCUGUGGAAGUCGACGAUACGAGCUACGGGUCUACUGAUGCGGACGGCUACAUCCAGCUGAUGCUGCCUCAUGGCAAGCGCUCUGCUUACUUGCGGCAUCCAAGCUUCGGAGAUGGAAGAAGUCACAACUUCAUGAUACCCAGCCAAGAUGACUGCUGCAUCACAUUUGCUGAUGUUCGAUUGUACGUCUUCGCGACAGACCCGGAGGCAGAUGCGGAUGACGAGGAUGCAGGAUGCCAGCCAUCCUUGGUCUGGAUCUGUGCAUCAGCAGAGCAGAUUCCGCCUGACGCUCUAGGGAUCGCUGGAAGCGUGCGAUGCCUUGUCGGUGGCAAGGACAUCUCCGCUUCUCUAAGUCCAUCGCGGCCUACCGAAUUCGUUGUACUGUCCGGCGAGCAAAUCUCAAGACCUCCCGCCUGCAGCCUGGCAGACCUUCAAAUUACAGCCUCACGCACUGGAUUCGAGUGGCAGCCGAAAGAGCCAUCUCCCCUGGCCGAACGGCUCGAGGAGCUUGGUGGUUCUGAAUAUCUACGACUCUUGAACUGUCCAGUGGCCAUGGGGUACCUGAAGCCAACUGCACUCGUGCGACUGGAUUCUAGUACCACCAUCAGCAUCUCUAUAGCGGAUCAUCCUACCGCGGAAGUGCUGCGGGAUGUGGUCGCCGAGAAGCUAGGCAUACUUUCGGCAACAUCGAUACAGCUGCGACUGCUACCACCUUCAUCCGACGAUUCUGAACGACUUCUGGAUGAUGGAGAGAGUAUCCGACCGGGUUGGAUGAUUCGUGCCCAUCGCAUGGUGCGGCUCCACGUUUCCGUCGUCACAGCUUGCUGUGGUGAGCCCUUGGAGGAUGUCAGUGUGACGGCUGAGAGCAUCACCUGCCGCACGGACGCCUCGGGCACCUGCCAGCUGAUGCUGCCCAUUGGGGAUUGCCACGUGCAUUUGCAGCAUGCAUCGUUUGGCGAGAUGAGGCAAUUGCCACUAAAGGUCUCGAACGUGGAGGACCGGAAGGUGUGCUACCGCAUGAAGCCGCGGCUUUUCGUUUACGCGACUGAUCCCGAAGAGCAGGAGGAGGAGGAAGAUCCGGAUUCGGUUGAAGAUGUCGGGCCAUCGUGGGAUCCCAGUUGUGUUUGGUUGGCUGCAGACGAAGGGCAGAUUCCAGAGGAUGCGAUUGGAAUUGGCGGCAGUACCACCUGCUUGUGGCCAAGUUCGGCGAUUAGGCUUCGAGCACACCUCCGUGCCGAUCAGCUUGCAGGAUUUGAUCUUGGCCCGAUUGGUGUGGCAGAGCAAUCUGGGUCGUCGGAAGCUCGGACUGACGAGUUGGAAGUGCAAAUCUGUUGCGGCUCUUUGCAUGGAAUUGACCAAUGUAGAGCAGUUUUUAUCGCAGUUUUGAGCAUGGCUAGAUUGCUUGAUGCAGACGGCCAGGAAGCAACCGUUGGCAAGAGCCAGGGAUAUUGGUUGGACAGUGACGAUUUUGUGUCCACUGCGGACCUAGAUGCCGAGCACCUUGGAAAGGUUGGAUUUCCGAGAGAUUGGCCCGGUGUUUAUGGCUCCAGCAAGGCGCUGAAGCAAUUAGUUGGCAAGAAGGGGAAGUGUGCAGGAAAGAAGGUUGGAGUGGUUCCAGGCCCUGAUGCCUCGCAGCUGUCUAUGGUCAAGGGUCUGAAGUUUUACCCGCUUCAAAGCUUCUCGAACGCGGAACGUGCUGCUAAGGCCGCUGGCAUGGAUGUCGUCCGCGGUUGGGCAGUGUACGAGCAUUUGGACAAAGGUGUCAGCGAGGCAUUCGUGGCAGAGCGAUUUUGGUGGAAUUCUCUGCCCGACGGCACAUGGAUAGACUUCACUCCGAGGCCUGACGUGCUGCCGGAGAUACUACUCGCUGAAGCAGUCGACGGAGCGCCCAAGGCCACGGAUGUCUUGAGCAGCCGGCAGCAUUCCAUCAUGCUCAGUCUGCUUGCACAGCGUUUUCCAGGUCAUGCGGUGGCAUCCGAGAAACCAAAGGCAGACACCAAGACCGGAGCAUCAGCUGCUUCCUCGACCAAGGUCACGACGAAAAUUCAGCAGCCUGCCAAGGCUUCGCCGAAGCCAGCUGGCCCAGCGCCGGCAUCUCUGCAAGAGCUCGCGAGGCGGAUCCAGUCCGGCGACCUGGAGGCUGUGAAGCAGAUGGAAGAGAAGCUGCGCGGUGAAGACGAGCUGUGCAUUCAAGUUGCAAACGAAGGACUGGCCACGCCCUUGUCAAAGAUGUUGUCGGACAGCAAGACACAGGAAGCCGCCCUGAAGCUGAUGCUGAUGCUAACCGAUGCCGGGGUUUCCCAGCCUGGCUCAGACAUCGGCACUGAGAUGAUCGCUGGCGGAGCAGUGCCGAGUCUACGGGAGUUAUUGUCAAGCUCAAACUCAGCGCUCCAGGAGAUGUCGGCAGCUGUCCUGGGCAACCUGUGUCACGAAAGCCCCGAAAAUCAAGAAAAACUUGCGGAGGCGGGCAUUUUCGGGAAGCUGGUGGACCUGCUCUCCAGUGGCGCGACACCGGCGCAGGAAGCGGCCUACGCCAUCUGGAACCUCACAGUCGGCCACGAGAAGAACAGCGAUGCAAUCGCCCGCAUCGGCGCAGUGCCAAAGCUUGCAGAGCUUCUGAAGAACACCUCAGACAUCGCACAAGAAAAUGCAGCAGGUGCCUUGAUGCACAUCACGAUGUCUACAGAAGCUCGAGCUGCGAUUAGCAAAUGCAAUGCCAUCCCUAAGCUCUGCGAGCUUCUUCAGCCCAGCUAUGAGCCGGAGGUAAGUACGCAAGCCGCUGGUGCCUUGCUGAACCUCGCAAGCGAUUGCACUGAGUAUGCCAAGGAGAUUGUGUCAAACGACGCAAUCGGCCCGUUGAUCAAUUUGGUCAAGGAUGGUCCAGACCUCGCGCGGGAGUAUGCCGCCGGGGCGCUGAUGAAUCUCAUGCGUGGGGAGAUGGAGGUGGCCACUGCGGCUGCGAAGCUCAGUGCCAUCCCUGUGCUUGCCGGUUUGUUGUCCCGAUCCUCGGGCCACUCGGAGGCCCUGGGAGCUUUGGCGAACUUGGCAAGUGGAAGCGCAGAUCGUCAAAUCCAGAUCUACAAGGCACAGGUGACCCGCAAAACGGUCUCACUACUCAGCGAUCCUGACAUUGACGUACGGCGAAGUGCCGCCGCCCUUCUCAUGAAUCUUGCCCCACAUGGCAAGAUCAAGGAGCGAAUCGUGGAAGCUGGUGCGCUGAAGCCGUUGGCGAAGGCCUUAAAAGACGACGAUGAAAUCCUGAAGGAGCGUGCUGCCGGGGCGCUGGCGAAUCUCUUCAACGACCACAGCGCAAACGUGCAUCAGGGCUUCCAGCAGGCGAGUGAGAUGAUCCCGUCCCUCGUGGCACUGAUCCAAGAAGCUGGUCUCUCCGAAGACGCCAAGCGACAGGCUGCUCAUGCGCUUGCGAUGCUGGCUGCCGAGGACGGACCAUGUGAUGCCGUCUGGCAGGCAAAAGCUGGUCCUCCUCUGAUUUCCCUCCUCAAGGACAUGAUUGGAGAGGCUGCCUUGGGCAUCAUGAACUUGUCCUGGAGAUGGCCGGAGGUGAAGGCGGAGUUGGCAAAAGCUGGAACCCUGGAGUACCUCAUGGACAUGCUGAGGCUUGGAGAUGCCAUGGCCAAAGAGUACGCAGCGGGUGCCUUGAUGAACAUGACAGCGGGUUCACCUGACAGCGCUGAGAAGGUGACGCCGGCGGUCAAGGAUUUAGCAGAUCUUUUGAAGGCCGAUGCCAUUCAAGCGGCGGAGUGGGCCGCGGGUGCUUUGGCAAAUAUCGUCAGAUCAGGGCCUGCAGCGCAGGAAACGGCAGCUGCACAGGGAGCAGCAACUUCUUUGGCAGCUUUGCUGCCCAAGGUCACCGCCAACGGCAUGUCACUCGUCGUUCUGGCUUUGACAUCGCUUGCAGAGACGCAAGCAGCUGCAGUGACAAGAGCACUGGGACCGAAGGAGAAAGCAAAGCUCCGUGACUUCAGGGAUAGCAGCAAUCCGGACUUGCAAGACUACACGAAGGCUUUUCUAUCUGAGAGGCUGCCCGACCUCGGCAAUGGUGCUCCCCGAAGAGAGGAUGUCACUGUGCCGUAUUUGGCGCUGAAACUCAGUGACCAAGUAAGGCAGUGGCCGCAGUGGCCCGAUGAUCCGAUGAGGAUCAGCCAGAAGACCCGGACGACGCAUGGCACUGCUUGGUUGCUGCGAGAAGACCGCACGAGGGAGGCAUAUGCCCUGUUGCGUCCUUCAGAGUGUGGUCCGGUGUCCUCGGGCUUGUUUCCAGCCGAGGUCCAUUUUGCGAACCGGCCGUCGAUGCCAUUCUCCUUGAGCACGCACCCAGAGGCAGACGACGUGCGGGCCAUCCUCGCAGAGGAGGUGGGUGAAAACUUCGUCCUGCGAACUGUGCAGCGAAAUCAGCCAAUAAGCUGCCGUUUCCUCUCCCACUGUGACCUGCUGUGUGCAAAACCUGAUGAUAUGGCAGCAGCACUGGCCUCCGCGAGGCGUUUCGACGAGACCAAGUCGACGGCUGACCCAGAAGAACCAGGUUCUUCGGCUACCACUCUCCCAGUUCUGGACUUGAAACCGUUCCUUGUUCGGCGAACAGAGUAG